AUGAGCGAAGCUAAGGGGUUCAAUAACGUGGAUGAAGAAAGCAUGGCCGGAUUCUAUCACGACGGUGCUGAUUCCGCUUCAUCUUUUUCAAAAUCUUCGAUACCACCUCAAUCUUAUCUCCAAACACGCUUCAUCAACCUAAAGUCGUUCAAAGCCGCCAUCAACGCUAGGCUUGACGAGCCCGUUCUCUCGCUCUUCCGACCAGCUGUCAGGCUCCUACAAUUUGCUUUCGCCCUUGCUUCGGGUAUCUCUUACACCAUAGAACUCGACCACCGAUACUCUGCCUCAAUCACAAAUUUCGUCUAUGCAGAAGUCGUCUUCAGUCUCACCCUUUUGACUCUGAUCAUUGACAGCGUAACAAUACGAUCUUACCGGUUCAUCUGCGCUAUCGAGUGGUCAUUAGCUAUAUUGUGGAUCGCCUGCUUUAGCGUCUUUUAUGGCGUGUAUCUAAAUGGCGAACUUCCGGCAGACUAUUCAGUCGUAGACUCUAGCAGGAUGAGAGUCGCUGGCUGGUGCAACCUCGUCAACGCAUCAUUGUGGUUGGGUAGUGCGUUGUUCUCGUCGAUGUUGUGUUGCUCCGGUAUCAAAGCCGCUAUGGAGGGGAAAGCCGGAGAAAAGAUGGAAGUGGAAGGAAGAUAA